UCACCAGGCAUCAGGUCAUUUGGCGCGCCAGCGGGCACCGCGUCAUCUGGCAAGGCAGUGGGCACCGAGUCACCAGGCACGACAGUGGGUUCCGAGUCAACUGGCAUUGGAUCGUCUGGCUUGACAGCGGGCAUCGGGUCACCAGGCAUGACAGCGGGCACUGGGUCAUCAGGCAUUGGAUUGUCUGGCUCGACAGUGGGCAUCGGGUCACCAGGCAUGACAGCAGGCACUGGGUCAUCAGGUACCGGAUCGUCUGGAUCGACAGCAGGCACCGGGUCAUCAGGCAUUGAAUCGUCAGGCUGGGUACAGACAUCAGGCUGGGUAGAGACAUCAGGCUGAAGUGCGGGUGCCGAGGCACCAGGC